GGCUGCUGGUGGCUUUGGAGACCUUGGAUCUCUUGAGACCAAGAUGGCGGCGGCGGCGGCGGCGGCGGCGUCUUGUGGCGGCCACGGGGGUCGCUUUCUGGCGUCCGGGCUGUUCCGCAACCGGGUGGCCAUCGUGACCGGCGGGGGCACCGGCAUCGGCAAGGCCAUCACCGCCGACCUGCUGCAGCUCGGUGGGCAAGGGGCGAUCCGAAGGGGAAAGAACCAAAGGGAAGCCCCCGGCGACUCCCCCAAAAUCGGGAGUGAACCAGGCUGGGUACCCUCGCUGCGCGCACGCAUGCACGCAUUCACACGUCCCCUCGGGAGGAAAUAGCGGGUUGGUGGUAGACUUGGGCUGCCCCGUGUCUUCUCCUUCCUUGUUUUCAACAGGACUGGCAGGAAUUCAACAGGUGUAGCCUCCCAGGGGCGUAGUCCGGGGGUUGCAGGCUGCCAAAUUUUGCAGCACCUGAAGUUUUCAAACCAUCUUCAGAGGCAGUCCUGCAUAUAACACAUCGCAGUAAUCUAACCUAGAGGUUCCUAGAGCAGUUAGGCUACCCUAGUCCAGAUAGGGCCCCCGCUGGGUUACCAGCUAAAGCUGAUGGAAGGCACUCCGUGCGACAGAGACCACCUGAGCCUCAAGCGACAGCAAAGGAUCCAGAAAUAUUCACAGUAUCCAAGCUGUGUACAGUACGUGCUUCUUCAGAGGGAGAGUAACCCCUACUGUGUCUUGAUAAGCUAGUUGUUUUAUAUAUAUUUAUAAUGAUUAUAUUUAUAUCCUAUCUUUUAUUCAAGGAGCUCAAGGUGGUGUACAAACUUUUCUCCCUUUGCAUUUUAUCCUUACAACAACCCUGUGAGGUAGGUUAGGCUGAGAGACAGUGACUGGCCGAAGGUCACCCAGCGAUCUUCAUGGCUGAGUGGGGAUUUGAACCCUGGUCUCCCUGGUCCUAUUCCAGCGCUCUAACUACUGCACCACACUGGCUCAUCAUUGCCUUUGGCCCCUGUCCUAGAGGAUUAAUGUCUCUUGUUAAUCAGUGAUAUAUAAUGUCAAAUCCAGGAAGGCAGAUAAUGAACUCUGAUUCUCUAAGCUGCACUUGUAACUGAUUGAUAACUGAGCUGUAUGGAAAGUGAUUGGCAGUUUGAAAAAAAGCUGGCUAUAUCUGUGUGCUUUACAUGGGUCACACCAGGGAAUCAGGCCAUGUCACUUGUGUGUUAAGUAGGGCAGGCAUUAAAAUACCAAACUAACUCAUCUGCAGCUGAAGAUUCUGUACCUCGUUUGUGGCUUUGAACGAUGAAUGAAGUCAUGAACUAAGGGUGGGCAACUUUUUGCCAUUGAAUGUUGUUUUACUGAAACACACCACAUUUUGAUUAACACAUGGUGUGUGUACAUGCAAAUUCUGAAGCCAAGCCACAAAUGAUAGACUUCUUCAUUUGCUCAUCGAAUGAAAUGUCCAUAAAAUGUCCAUCAUUUGUCCAUUCUGGUAUAAUUCAGAAUGUAAUAGCAUGCUUUUGGAAAUACUAGAAUGUACUUUCUGUUUUGGAUAACCUCUGACUCUCCCUGUCAUCAUGGCGAACUGCAGAUAUUCUAUUAUUUGGACCUGCCACUCAUUUAUCGUAGGUGUUUUAUCACUUUUCCAGUUUCUUGCAAUUAAGAUCCUGGCUGCUACUGUCAUGUACAUAAAAAGUGGUCUAACAUCUUUUUUAAUUUCUGGUGACGUUAUACCUAGAAGGAAGGUUUCAGUUUUUUUCUUAAAUGAGAACUUAAAUAACUUUUUAAAUUCAUUAUAGAAGUUAUUCCAAAAUUCCUUAAUGGCUGUGCAUUCCCACCACAUGUGCAUAUAUCUGCACUUCUAGGUCAAGAAGUGAUGGUGGGCGUGGUUCUUUGUAAUCAAAAGAGGUCUUGUUUCUGUUGUCGUUAGCACUACACUAAUUUCAUGUCUUAUAAUUCAAAUUCUACCAUUGGCUUAGGAAGUUUCUGUGAGAUGGCUUUCCAGUUCAGUAGUGGGGGGGGGGGGUAACAAUUUGCAAGCUUAAAUAACAAUUUAUGGAAGCAUUUCAGGUAUCUGACUUUGCAGACUUCCAGAACUGCCAAAAAUGCUUGACAAUCCAGAAAGUCAUGAUUGAAGAUGGUUAUCACAGUCUGUGUACACUGCCAUUUGUUAAGCAAGAACCCUUGUUGCUUCUACUAGAAUGCAACCAUGGGCAUAGCCAGGAUUUGGGGGGGGGGGCAGAACCAUGUUAUCUGUGACACAGUUGGUCAGUUUAUUAAGUAUUUUAUUUAUUUACUUGAUUGGGGGACAGCUGCCCACCCCUGGCUAUGCCUAUGAAUGCAAGACUAUUAAUGUCUAAAAUGUAUUUUCCCCCUCUUUUUUGACAGGUUGUAAUGUAGUCAUUGCCUCCCGCAAAUUCGACAGAUUGAAAGCUGCAGCGAACGAGCUAGCUGCCAAAAUUCCAUCCACAGUUUCUGCCCAGGUUACCCCUGUACAGUGCAACAUUCGCAAAGAAGAGGAGGUAAAAACAAAAUACUUUUGUGCUGUAGAGUGGACAACUAGUGUACUGGUUCACUGGAGAAUACUUGCCUUGAGUGUAUUACACACACACACACAAACACAACAUUUGAUUUAUUAUAUUUCUGUGCCGCUCUUAAUUCAAAUGAAUCCCAAAGCAGCUGGUAGUUCACAGUAUUUUUCAAAGAGGUUGUUGUAAGAGUAAUACUCUGUGAUGGGAAAAGAUUUACAUCUUGCUGCAUAAUUGUCUUUAAUGUUGUACGUCACUAAUAACAGCCUCCUUUGCCAAUGUUGAAAUGACUUCUGAAGAAUGUAGAUUUUGCAGGCAUUGAGAAAUGUACACAUGUGGGUGCUUGCAUCUGGAGAUUGGAUCUAGACGCCAGCCACUUGGACUUAAACAGUGCCUCUGGAUUAUUCCAAAGAAAAGGGGGAAAGGCCACUUAUUUUUGGUGACUUUGUUUUAUAAGGAAAACAUGUAACCUGGCUGUUGCUUUGACUAAGAAAUUGUUGCUUUCCCCAAAUCAUUGUAGUUUUUUAUUUCGUGUAGCUUAGAAGAGUCACCCAGUCUGAUUAUGAAAGUGGUAACACCCAGUUGUUUAUGUUGUUAAGGUGUGUUGCUGGUUCUACUUUUAAAAAAUAAUUGGGGAAGGGCUUUGUAAAAGAGCAGUGGGAAGGGGAAAGUUAAUGUUCCUUUUCACUAACUCUAAAGCAUUUUUUUGUGCAUCUACUAUCCUUUGUCACUAUGAACCAUUUAAUUAUUCAGACUGCAAUGCACUAUCUGGGUCUGUUCGAAACCUCAAGUGUAUCUGGAAUUAUUUGUCUCACAUUCAUGAAUAAACUUUUAAGAUUCGGCGUUUGUCAUAAUUUACUUUCUUUUUGCAUAUGCUUCUUGGUUUCCUAAUCCGUGGGUGGUGGUCACUAUUUCUCCUGGUAAUCCUUCAAAGCCCUUCCUGUUUGUAACCUGUCUUUUGGAGCUGGAGGAAGACAUUUUCUCUGGGGGUUUUUUUGAGAGUUGAAGGCAGUAGGGUUGCAGAUGCUUGUUUCUUUUGUCAUGGUAUUGCGGGGUUUCCCAAACUUGGGUCUCCAGCCGUUUUUGAACUACAACUCUCAUCAUCCUUAGCUAGCAGGGCCAGUGGCCAGGGAUUAUGGGAAUUGUAGUCCAAAAACAGCCGGAGACCCAAAUUUGGUAGUGUUUCAAAAAUUACUAGAUAUUAUAAGCAGUGCCAUAGCUACUGGGGGGCUAGCCAGGUUUUUUUGCCCCAGGUGAACGCUCCAAAGGGGUGCCAUUGAGGCUCCCAGCCUGUGUGUGUGUGUAUGCAAAUGUGUGGAGUGCGUGUGCUAGUGUGGUGUAAUGGUUAAGAGUGGUGGACUCGUAAUCUGGUGAACUGGGUUCGUGUCCCCGCUCUUCCACAUGCAGCUGCUGGGUGACCUUGGGCUAGUCAUACUUCUCUGAAGUCUCUCAGCCUCACUCACCUCACAGAGUGUUUGUUGUGGGGGAGGAAGGGAAAGGAGAAUGUUAGCCGCUUUGAGACUCCUAAGGGUAGUGAUAAAGCGGGAUAUCAAAUCCAAACUCUAAACUGCAUCUUUGACCUGGGUUUUCACCCCUGUUUCAGCUCCUUGGGAAAGCAUGUGUGCUUUGCAUGCAAAUCAAAUAUCUUUAAUACGGUCAAUGACCAGCAAGGCUUUUGCUUUGCAUGCAAAAGAUCCCAUGUUCAAUCUCCAACAUCUUCAGCUUAGGCUGGGAAAGACUUGCAGUCCUGCAGAUUCAUGACCAGUCAGCUGUAGGCAUUGAAUUUUUAUUUUGAUUAUAUAUUUUGUGGUUUUAUAUUUUGAUUUUGUUCGGUGAACGGCCCUGAUACCUCCAGGUAUAGGGCGGUAUAUAAAUUCAAUAAACAAAAACAGCAACUUUGUAUAAGGAAGCCAGCUAUGCUCUAUGAUUAAUCAACGGUGUUAGAGCUGUCAUAUCACUUUCAAAUUCUGCUUUUUCAAUAGUAGUAGUAGUAGUAAUAAUAAUAAUAAUAAUAAUAAUAGAACCACCUAUUGUCAGUCUUCUGCCUUCAUCUCCAAAUAGUGUUCCUGCUAUGAAAAAUAGCCCUUCCUUGGUUCUAUUUUAGUUCAUUCUGCCUAAACCACUGCUUUCUCUUUCCAUUUAUUUCAUAACUGGGCUUAUGGAGUGGCUGUUUCCCUGAUCAGCAAAAGGAGAUUCACGUAAAACAUCUAGGGAAUAAUUUAUUGAAUGCGAGUUUCAGAGUCUUCAUCUUUAUCCUCAGGGGCCUCCUUGCUUUCUUUUUCAUAAAUAAUUCUGCUUAUUGGCACAGGGCUCCUGAAUGCUGUGCAGUCUGCCAGUUUCCUUUGUUAAGAAUACAGUGGUGCUGCAUUGUACCCUCUGUGUCUCUUGGCUGUUCUACAUCCUGUAGCCACCAGUCCUACCAGGCUUGAUUGUCUCUCCUGACAUAAAGAACAUAAAGCUAUUGAAUGCUGUCAUGUGGAAAGAUGACCUCAGUUCUCUUUUCUCUCCAGCCCACCCCACACUCAGCACCAGGAGAUUGUAUCUGGGUUGUGAUAAGAUGGCAGUGAUGAGAUGAGCUCCCUGUGAUUAUUUAAUUGAACAGCCUUCCAUCUCAUACUUGCUGCUUUUAGAGGAGUCGUUGGAACUAAAGGCCUUCAGACCAAAAUCUAUAGAUAAUGUUAGCUACUGGUAGUGAUGAAGCCAUAGAUUUCAUAAGAAAACUCUUGGAUCGGAUACCAAAUGCUUAGUAUUCUGUUUCCAAUAGUGGCCAGCUAAAUACUUUUGGGAAGCUUGCAAACAAGCUACGAAGGUAGCAGCCCUUUCCUGUUUGUCUCCAACAUCUGGUAUUAGAAGUGGUUUCACUUAGGUAUCGUAUCUAUUAGGUAUGAGGUUGAUAGUCUUUGGUGGCUGGGGAAGCCCAGCCAGAUGGGUGGGGUAUAAAUAUUAAUGAUUAGCUAUGAUUAUGAUUAGCUAUAAGAUCACAAAACUAGUGAAAGCAUGGUGUUAUUACAUGUAUUAUUAUAAAAUUACUUGUGAAGUAUGGAAAGAAAACACCAUGCUUUCACUAGUUUAGUGAUCUUAUAGCUAAUCAUAAUUAAAUAUCAAAUUCUGCAUAUAAAUUAUUACUUUCAUCUGGUUUAAAUUGCUUCAGUUUAAUAACAUUUCCUUUUGAAGAGGGUGCUGCUUCAACAGUGUACAAAGUCUGGUUAUAUACAUUGUUACAAGUCUCCAAAAACCCUGAAACAAUAGCUUCCUCUCAGAGUGGAAGGGAGGUCUGUUCAUAAGUUUGACGUCUGAAUCUAGUAAUAGUUCUUUAUUCCCAAUGGAAUAAAGGUGUUGAAGGGUGCAGGACUGCAGCCCAUGAUGCUCUCUGAAAUACUCCUUUUUUUUGCUAAUGGGGGAAGCUUGAGUGAUACUCUCUGGGCGAUUUUUCUUCUUAAACAAAGCAAUUUAGGCUGCAAGCCUAAACAAACUUACACAGGAGUAACUCUCAUUGAGCUCGGUGAGGCUUCCUUCUGAGUGGUCAUGUGAAGGAUUACACUGCUCAUGGUUUCAUAGUCAAACAUUUACUGAAGGGUCUUAACCAUUAAUAUGGCUCUCCAUAUUGAGCAUGCAGUGCUUGCAUAAUUCCUUAAUACUCUGUAAACAGCCCAGCCUUUUAUCUGUACUCAUUCGGUGGCUAUGAGUGGCUUUGCAGUAUAAUGUGAUUGGACUCUGCUGCCUGGGAGUGUAUGUGUGUGGAUUUAAAGGUUUCUUGUAGCAUGUUCUCUGAAGAGGCUGGAUUUUCUUCUAAAUGCAUUGUCAAAUCAGGGUUUUGUAAUUGGUUGACUAUCCAGACUGGUGCUAGGAAAUGCAUUCAGCUGUAGCUAAUCAUAAUUAAAUAUCAAAUCCUGUGUAUGAGUUGCUGCAUUCUUGUCUAGUGCUUGAGGGUUAUCUCCAUAAAUAUUCCGUUGAGUGAUCUACUUUUUUCAUGUGCUACUUUAUGGACUUGCCCUUUUGUAUUUCUUGAUUCCUCAUUUUCCAACUGGAGUUAAUUGCUGUUCUUACUUAAUAGGGCUCUGAUAUUUGUUCUGUUACUCACCUAUACUGAUUUUUCUCUGGCUUCUCCAUAUACCUGGAAUGUGUUAUAUGCUAAUAUGCAGCCUAUUUAUUGCCUUUCUUAAUACAAACUCCUGAACACACUCUUACCCCUUCCCUGCUGCCCCCUUACGGCCUCUUUUAAUAUAAGUAAAAAAAAAGCCAUUUUAAAAUUUACUAGUACAUAAGGUUCUUCCUCAUCUCAUUGUCUAAAGAUCUCAAAGCUGUGUACAAAACUACAACCUAAAAAAAUUGAAACGGUAUCAUAAAACAGACAUACAACAAAAUCAGUAAAACAGUAUGAUUAAAAAAAGGAAUUAUGUAAUAUCAGGAUCCAGUCUUAUGGACUAGGCAAAACAUAUGCAUUUACAAGUAAUCUGAAACAUCUGAUGGAUAAUGCUUCACAUAUGGCAGAUGGUAGGGAAUUCCACAGUACAGAGAUGAUUAUAGAAAAAGACAGUUUUGGGGUCACCACCCUGUGAUAUAUUCUGUAGAGUAUGUUUCCAUGAUUAUCAUUUCCUCAAAUGAUAUACCAAAAUGAAACAUUUUAGUAAUAUAUGGCUCUUGUUUUUCUAGAAGAGUCGCACACAGUUUCUUGUCAACUUGAGCUAAUUCAGCUGUUUGUAUUCAGAUUCCCAGAUUGCAUGCCUCUUUUUAAAAGGAGUGCACAGGUAUGAAUGUAUACCUAUGAUGUAACACCUGAAGCAGCCCUUAGCUGUGAGCUAGUUAGUCAAGGGUUUGUUCUGCAAAUUGUCUCGUAUUAGGCAUCAUUAUAAACAAAUAUUACGCAUUUAUAAAACUUCUUCUUACAAAAAUGUAAGGAUUUUUUCUUGCAUUUUUGCAAGACUGCUGGUCUGAUUCUGCACAAAAUCUAUGCUGAAAGAAUUGUACCUGCUGUACAUGCCUUGCUAAAUAUUCAAGAAUGGCAUUUCGCUUUUCUUUGACGGGGUUGUAUAGACUGUGACUCUGCCACUUCAGCAGAAUGUUGCCAUUACAGUGGUGCCCCGCAAGACGAAUGCCUCGCAAGACGGAAAACCCGCUAGACGAAAGGGUUUUCCGUUUUGGAGGUGCUUCGCAAAACGAAUUUUCUAUGUGCUUGCUGCGCAAGACGAAAAUGUCUUGCGAGUUCCUGCGGGGUUUUUCCCCCCCCUUUUUCCCAAGCCGCUAAACCGCUUAUCAGCUGAUGGCUAAGCCGCUUAACAGCUGAUGCUAAGCUGCUUAUCAGCUGAUCGUUAAGCCGCUUAUCAGCUUAUCGUUAAGCCGCUUAUCAGCUGAUCGUUAAGCCGCUUAUCAGCUUAUCGUUAAGCCGCUUAUCAGCUGAUUCACUAAGCCCGCUAAGCCGCUAAUACAGUACUGUAGCACUAAUCCGCUAAUGGGCUUGCUUCGCAAGACGAAAAAACCCGCAAGACGAAGAGACUCGCGGAACGGAUUCUUUUCGUCUUGCGAGGCACCACUGUACUUGUUUUGGGUAGCUGAGGAUGCUGCUGGAUUAGCAUUUUUUCCAUCUUCUGCUUGGCAGGGAUCCAGGCCCCUUGGAUCCUUGUGAAGACCAUUGGCACAGAUAGCGGAAAGGGGACACACAAACUGAUUGGAUGGGAAGAAUAACUUCUGUGUAGCAACGCAUUAUUCUUUAAAGCACAAAUAUGUUUGCAUUAAGGCAAGAAAGCAGCCUUAUUUUUAAUCCUCAAUUUUUAAGAGCUUUUGCCAAAUGCUCUGAAGGUCAGAGGUGAAUUUGAAACUCGGGACACAGGUGGAGAGGUGGGAAGAAAACUGGUGCUAUUGGAUUAAGAGGAGAAUGAAAUCACUUUUUCAAAUCUGCCCUAAAAAGAACUUUUCAAUGGAGUUGAAAAGGGAAGAGCAACGUGGAAGUUGGUCCAUUAGAGCAAAUGGGGCGCUGUCCUACCACCUUAGAGUGCCAUCAGUCAGCCCCCACCUGCAUGCUUUCUUACUUACUGCUGGGCUUUAGUUUCAUCUUCUGAUGGGAAUUGUAGUUUAAAACAUCUACAGGGCACAAGUUGAGCAAGGAUGGUCUAAAAUCUCAGAAAUGCUCACCCAGCUUCUCUCUGAACUCUGCUCUUCUAUCUGUGCCAAGUGGGCCUUGCUUCCAUUCUUUGGGAAUGCAUUAAUUUGCAUGCUGCUGUUUUCAUUCAUAAAAUACAACAGAUUGGUUGUCCUCCCUUGGUGACCUUGGGACUAGCAAGACCUGUUUGCUGGCAAAAUACUGUUUCACACACGACUUAAAUAGACUAUUAAAGGCUGCUUGUUCAUUCUAUCAGUGCUGCCGCUGCACCAUAAAGUCUCUAUCUACUUAACUAAGGUUUAGGUACAUUUGAGGAUGCAUGUUUACUACUUCCAGUAUUAGAUAUAAAAGAACUAUUCUAAUAUCCUUUAUUGCAGAAAAGCUCUUUUUAUUCAUUCUUUGCAGUAUUAUGCAUGGCAUUGUUAGGAAUGUCAUUUCAUGUUGUGUUUGACAAGAUGCUCAUGUCAGUCAGCUGUUAGGUAAAGUAAAGGUAAAGGUACCCCUGCCCGUACGGGCCAGUCUUGGCAUACUCUAGGGUUGUGCGCUCAUCUCACGCUAGAGGCCGGGAGCCAGCGCUGUCCGCAGACACUUCCGGGCCACGUGGCCAGCGUGACAAGCUGCACCUGGCGAGCCAGCGCAGCACACGGAACGCCGUUUACCUUCCCGCUGGUAAGCGGUCCCUAUUUAUCUACUUGCACCCGGAGGUGCUUUCGAACUGCUAGGUUGGCAGGCGCUGGGACCGAACGACAGGAGCGCACCCCGCCACGGGGAUUCGAACCGCCGACCAUGCGAUCGGCAAGUCCUAGGCGAUGAGGUUUUACCCACAGCGCCACCCGCAUCCCACCCAGUCAGCUGUUACUAUAUGUUAAAUUUUGUAGCAUCAUGAAAGUUCUCUGAGACAUUCUAUAAUCUAGAUCUAAAAGUCUAUUUUUAGGAGGUUCCAGUGGACAUGAGACCUCUGGCUGCAAUGUUGUGAUUUCUUUAGUGUUCACACUGUUUUACCAGCCCCUAACCUUCUUUUUGCAAGAGAAAUAUACAACAUAUACAAAAUACAAAAAGAAACCACUACAAAACAACCAAUUGUUUUUAUUCGGGGCAAGCUUGAGUGAUUAAUGUAGAAAUGACUAACGCUAAAAGGCUACAGUGUGCAGACUUAUCAUUCAACUUUUUUUACUAUUGGUAGGUAGAGGCACUGGUGAAAUCAACAUUGGACCUUCAUGGGAGGAUAGAUUUCCUGGUCAACAAUGGGGGAGGCCAGUUUCCUAGCCCAGCAGAAGCAAUUAGUUCAAAAGGCUGGAAUGCUGUGGUUGAAACUAAUUUGACUGGGACCUUCUACUGCUGUAAAGCAGGUGAGCACUUGGUGUACACAGGAAAUAAGUAACUAAGCCAUCAGAAGAACUCUCUCUCUGCUUUCCCUGUAUAGCAGUUCAGUCUCUUUAUCACUGCCAUGGCAUGUUCUUGCUCUGCUGUCCCCAGUUAGCAGUGACAACUUGGUCUGGAGUCCUUUAAUAACCUGCUGAGCCCAGGAAGAACCCCAGACUAAGUUGUCACUGCUAACUAGGUUUGGUUGAAAGUUGGGUUGCCAGGUCUGUUGAAGCUCAGACCCUGAGAUGCAAGGAGGAGAGGUUGGGGGCUAAGAGAGUCUGGAUGCUGCCUUAGGUUGGAGGUUGACAGACAUGGGGCAGUGGUAGCAGGAUGAAGCCUCGAGUACCAAUGAUACAAUAGCCUGCUGCCUUGAUUUUUGGUCCUCAAUCUGAAAUUCUGUUUUUGUAGAAUCUUAGAGUUGGAAGGGACCCAAGAGUCAUCUAGUCCAACCCCCUCUCAACUCGUUUCCCCCUUCAAACCCUGGGAAGAAGGCUGAAAUCUGACACCCCAGGUCAAACCAUGAGACCUGACAAGUAGUUUCUCCCCCUGACUAAUUUACAACUAGAGGUGGAAGAAGCAAGGGUAUUCUUUGACAAUUUUUUUCCAUGUCUGCAGAUACCUACUGACUAGAUGAUAGAUUUACAUUUGAACACUGAUGCUGUUUUUGGCACUAAGAAAUAGUGGGUGACAGGUGAGGCAGCAGGAUCUUCCUUAAGGCUCCAGAGCAGUUUUUUCUAGAAGGAAAGGAGGUGGGGGCUGGAGCAAACACUGGAUUGUCCAAAAGUGCUGCCAGUUCUAGUUCUCCAUACUUGCCUAGAAACAUCAUGCCUGGGUCAUCAGGCCUAACUAGUUGGAGCCAUUUUCUUAGGAAGUAGUAGACGAAUUGGUAGCAGGAUGGACAGGUAUCCUUCAGGAAGCUGCCUCACACUGAGUCAGACUUGGUGCAGCUAGUCUUGCCUGCACAAUGACUAGCAAUGACUUUCCAGGAUUUCACAAAGGAGACUUUCCCAGCCCUUUCUGGAAAUGCCAAGGUUUGAACCUGAAACCUUCAUGCAACAGAUGCGCUGUCCCACUGAGCUGUGGUUUUGUGUUAUACAGUACAGAUAAAUAUCAAUAGAGUUAUAAGGUGUGCAUUCAGUUGUGAUUCUCAGGUGAAUAUUUGGGUUUAAUGUCAUUGCUGCUUCCACCUCUGAGCAACUGGUUUUGUCAAGUUUUCUAAGGCUAUGGAAAUAAGGCUUGAGACAGAUUUCAUUCCACUCAUGUGUUUACUGUAAUCUUUGUACACCAUUUAUCUGGCAAUGUAAAAGCCUUCACGACCAUUCUUCUGUGUCUACCCAGUGUACAAUGCUUGGAUGCAGCAUCACGGAGGUGCUAUUGUCAACAUCGUGGCUGAUAUGUGGAAAGGGUUUCCUGGCAUGUCGUAAGUCUGCUAUCCGUAUACGAUACACAGUCCACUUGCUUUCACUUAAACUGCUGUCCCUCUGAGUAGUCGUGUGCAUUUGAAUGGUAAAACAAGAUGGAACAGCAGAUUCCCAAUAUUUAACAUGCACAUUCCUUGAGAUUCCAUUUUAACAGAAGUCUUUGAGGAAUUUGGGACUAAAUUGCCGGUGCUUAUGAUCCUCAUUUAUUGUCACCUGCAAGGCUUUCCUGAGAAUGCUCUUGAACAAAAAGUGGAAUGCAGGAAGCAGUCACAGACAAGAAGAGGCUGCAUUUUUCUUAGGCCAACUGGAAAGCAGAGUCCCUCUGCUGGGACAGUGCAAUGAGUCUAGCUGAGGUCUGCCUAUAUAGCUGUGCAUCUUUGCACAUGCCUGUUUGUAAUCCGCCAUCUUACUGGGUUGCCCCAGCCACUCUGGGUGGCUUCCAACAAAGAUAAAAGCAUAAUAAAACAUUGAACAUUAAACACUUCCCUAUACAGGGCUGCGGGUGGCGCUGUGGGUAAAACCUCAGUGCCUAGGGCUUGCCGAUCGCAUGGUCGGCGGUUCGAAUCCCCGUGGCAGGGUGAGCUCCCGUCUUUCGGUCCCAGCUCCUGCCCACCUAGCAGUUCGAAAGCAUCCUUAAGUGCAAGUAAAUAAAUAGGUACCGCUUUAUAACGGGAAGGUAAACGGCAUUUCCGUGUGCUGCGCUGGUGCUGGCUCGCCAGAGCAGCUUCGUCACACUGGCCACGUGACCCGGAAGUGUCUCCGGACAACGCUGGCCCUCGGCCUCUUAAGUGAGAUGGGUGCACAACCCUAGAGUCGGACACGACUGGCCCGUACGGGCAGGGGUACCCUUUAUACAGGGCUGCCUUCAGACAGCCCCAAUGACAUAACUUCUCAUGCAUUUUAGUUCAAGAGGACUUCUCUCAUAAACAUAGUGAAAGGACAGAGCACCAUACCGACUUCUGUUUUUUUACUGGAAGUUGUUUCUGCAAAGUUCCUACAGAAGACUGAGAUGUCUGGAAGCGCAAAGUACAAUUUUAUUAACAACCUUGCACCUCAGAAGUCUCAGUCUUCUGUAAGCCAUGCUUUUUUCUCAGUCAUUGCCUAUACUUCUAUAACUUGUUGUUUAUAAUUUGAUGAGUCAUACAGAAUGCUAUUAACAUUGUGAGCUUUUCGUUGGGCUGGAAUAAUUGGACAAACACAAAAUAUUGAAAUUUUUUUUUACUGCAGGCCUUCAGCCAGCCUUUGUUCAUUGUUUGUGUUAGCAUUGAGUUUGCAAUUAAGCUUCUAGAAUGUCAGAUAUUGCUAACUUGACUGCCCUGUUCUGCUGAGAUUUGUUUUGGAUUUGUUUGAUUGGAUGACUGCUUGUCGGAGUGUGAACCUAGUUAGGCUUGCUAGGUGUCGCUAUAGUUACUUCAAAGCAUCCAGUCUUGAUGGAGCUGCCACAUACCCCAUGUCUAUUUAUUGAUGGAAGAUAAUAUUGCCCUUUUAAAAUUUCCUUCCCUCACAGACACAGUGGUGCAGCAAGAGCCGCAGUCGAUAACCUGACCAAAAGCCUAGCCAUCGAGUGGGCCCGCAGUGGAGUGAGAAUUAACUCUGUUUCCCCGGUAGGUGACAGAAACAUGUGACCAGACCAGCUUUGGUGCCUGUAAGGGAAGAGUCAAAUUAGUACAAAUUUGUAAAAUGAUCAUUUAGUUUGGUUUAGCUGAGAUAGAAUAAGAUAAUUUCCUACCAGCUGCGCAUUUGGUCAUAAUUAUUUGAGUCUAUUAAGGGUUUUUGUAGUUAAACCUGCUAAUAGCAUCCAGGGUUUGGGAUGGGUCUUAGGAUAUGGAAAUGGAGGACGAUUCUUUCUUUCUUUCUUUCUUUCUUUCUUUCUUUCUUUCUUUUACAAAUUUAUAAGCUGCUUCACAGACUGAAGCUGCCAAAGCAAACUACAACAGUAUAGAAAUGUGAUAAAAUGCAAGCUCCCAAAACAAUUUCUAUAGAUAUACAAUGUGUCUUCCUUGAAUGACUGGGUCACACUUCGGGGAAAGCUGUCUUAAGCAAAAAUUACUUUGGUACAUGCCUAAAUAUCAUGAUGCAACUCUUCACAGAGAUUGAGUGGUUUAUAAAAGAUUCAAAUAAUAAGUGCCGUUAAGCCAAAAGGAGAGAGAACAAUUUAGUUGCAAGGAAUAGAAACUAUGCUUUUUGGUCCGUGUGCUUGGUUGUUGUUUUUUUAAAAAAAUAUUUAUUAUCAUUCUACCGCAUCCUUCCUUCUGCAGGAGACCAUUGGAAAGUACACAUAAUCAAGAAAAUACAAAUGGUUAAAAAAAGUUUUAAAACUGCCAUGCAAACAAUAAUACCAAUAAAACAAUUUAAAUACAUUAUACAGUGGAUGAGGAAUAUUGGGCCGUCAGUCUCAGUUGCCAUUAAAGUGGUUUUUCCUCAGGGUGAAUCCUGCACUACACAAGAACAGAAUGUUGUGUUGGGAAUUGUGGCAUAUGCACAGCCCUAUUUAUUGAGGGAAUUGUAAGCAAGUUAAAGAGCCAAGAUUUUGAAUAAGAGCUGGAAUUUAUUUUUAUCCCCUUCCCCAAUCAUGUAGGUCUUAAUGAGCACCUGCUUUUCAGUGUAGAGGGUUCAAUGUUACUGUAUUAAGCAUUAAUGGAGUCUUACUGUGAGUCUGUCCUUUUCUUCAUAGGGAGUGAUAUUUUCAGAAACUGCUGUUGCACAUUACAAAGAUGGUGAAGAACUGUUUAAAAGCUAUGUCCGAAAAAUUCCUGCCAAGAGAUUAGGACUUCCUGAAGAGGUAUUACAGUAUUUCAACCUAAAAGUUACCUUUUGGCACUGAGGGUCUUUCCGGAUGAUCAGUAGUGGCGCCCACCCUGUGGAACUCCCUCCCACCAGAUGUCAAGGACAUAAACAACUAUCUGACUUUUAGAAGACAUCUGAAGGCAGCCCUGUUUAGGGAAGUUUUUAAUGUUUGAUGUUUUAUUGUGUUUUUAAUAUCCUGUUGGAAGCCUCCCAGAGUGGCUGGGGAGGCCUGGCAAGAUGGGUGGGGUAUAUGUAAUUAUAUAUAUAUAUAUAUAUAGUGUCUCUGUGUGUGUGUGUGUGUGUGUGUGUGAGAGAGAGAUUCCCCUCCCCCCUACACAACAUUUACACUAAGUAGUGCAAAUACCAGCCUUGCUGUGGGAGAUGGUUUUCGGUGGUACUCCUGAUCAACAUGUGUGUGAACAGGGAUAGGUCAGCAAGGGCCAAAUACAGUCCUUCAGGCCUCUCAUAGAAUAACUAAUGCAUUAAGGGGAAAUGGUGCUAUUGCAUUGGAAAGAGGAAUUUCAUGACACUGGAAAGAACACCCUAAAUUUCAAAGAGUAAGAUGUUGGAAGACGCAUACAACUAAUAAAUAUGUUCAUACCAAAAAUUUUUAUUGAAGUACUCUUUAAAAGGCAAGCUAUGUGCCUGGCAUUGUAUAAACCUAAAAUAGGUAUCCUGAUUAUGCUAUAAUUAUGUUGUAUGUACCAUUCACUCCACAGUAGCAAACACCACAUUGCGAGCCUGCUGGUUGAACUUGCAGAACUUUUGAAUGUGCAGUAUAUCAUAGAACCUUGCCAGUUUUGAAGGUGAUUUUUGAGUACUUUUAGAAUGGAUCGUUCCGCUGACAUAUCCAAGCCAGCAAAGCAUUGAAAUGAUAUAAUAUUUAUGGACAGUAAAAUACCAAGCAUUUUCUUUUUGACUUGAACAUUUUGUAUUUAGUAAUAUAUUCCUGUGGACCACUGGUCAGUAAUCUUCUGUAAUUGAUCAGUAAUGACUUCUGCUCUAAGAAUCACCUUCAAAUAGGGAGCUAACAGGAACCCUUUUCAGAAAUGUGCAUUCAAUGGACGCAGGGCUGGUGGCACUGUUGUGGUAACUGGCUCUGUUUCCACCCUACAUGCUUAUCACUGUGCAUUGGCACCAUGCUUUUGACAUACAAAUGCAUACGUUUGCACAUGUGUAGGGCAGAAUCUAUACACUACUGCCUUGGUUGUGAUGAAUGCAUGAAGCCUUGCCUGCAUUUUUGAAAAGUGCUAUGGCAUGGCAGGCAUUGAACACCUGUAAUUCACAUAAGUAAAUGUCUCGAAUCUUUAUAAGGUAUCUCCCUUGGUGUGUUUCCUGCUGUCUCCGGCUGCCUCUUUUAUCACUGGAGAAACUGUGAAGGUUGAUGGUGGGCAGAGCAUAUAUAGUUCCCCAUGGGAAGUACCAGGUAAAAAAACCUGCUUUUUAAAAACUACUUUCUAACAAGUAGCUUGUUCAGUUAUAUGCCCACCCAGGGCCUGUUUAGAUCUCUUACACUCUUUUGUGGAAAUCAACACUUCAGUUUUAUCAUAGUUUAUUGUCAGCUUUGCAGUAGCUUGAUAAUUUAGUUGUGAGUCUUUUUAGGUCCAGCCUGGGAUUGUAGAGUAAUACAGCUCACUGUAACAAAAGGAUUUCUAUACUAGCCAGUCUUGGGCAAGUGGUGCUGGGAACCCUGAAUGCUUUCCUCCCUAAACUAUAUGCUCAACAGCCUUAACUUAAAGGUUCUAGUCUUAACCCAUGGCCGCCUUAACUCUCAUGACAUUGGAAUGGGAUUGGUAAAAACACUCUUGGGAUUACCCGAACCUCAGUUAUUGAAUUGUCAUUUAGCUGUCUUAUAAACAAGAAGAAGCAACCUUUUUAUAAAAAUUUUUUGAAGGAUUUUAAUAGACAACAAGGGUAUAUACAAUGUCUCUGUUCUCAGUUCAUAGAGUCCUUUCUAUAGGUCAGUUACAUUUGGUGUGAGACACUGCUGUCAUAGAGAUUAUGAGGUGGAAGAAGUGAAUGGGGGAAGAAAGGGGGUAAUGGUUUUCAUUAUUUUGACAAACAACCCUUUACUUAACAAUGUCACAUCUAGUUUUUCCCAGAUCUUCAUGUGCUGAAUCCAAGGCUGACUAAAGAUCUGUAGAAAUAUAGUUUGCCUUUUUGGUGUUUGGAAGAUUUUUCAGCCGAAAUGAACAUAACUAAUGCAUGGUCCAUAGCUUUUUCUCCUAGGAUCUCUUCCUAUACAUGUUGGAAAGACAGUGCUGUAAUUUGGAUCACUGUAAAUAUGUAACAUGAUAAUUUUUGGAAAGAAUUCGAUAAAAGGGUGUUUGGAGAGCAUUUCCUUUAGCCCAGUCUUCCCCAACCUGGUAUCACUAUUUAUUUUGGACUAUAAUUAUCAUUCACCAUGCUGGUGGGGACUGAUGGAAAUUGUAGCCCAAAACAACGGAAGGGCACAAGGUCGGGAAAGAGUGCUUUACACUUACAGGAAGUUUUCUUUCUUUAAGAGAGCUGCUCAUCGAGAUCUAGCUGGGUUAAGGUGAGAUGAAGCAGCCACUAGCUUUUGAAGGUAACUGUCUUAUUGUAUCCUUUCCCACAGAUCAUAAUAGAUGGCCACCUGCACCAGAUGGAGAUAAUGCCAAAGCACUCAAGAAGAUACUUUCAGGAAAAGCUUUGUCAAAGCUGUAAAACAAAAGAAAUGGGGUUAGCCCCCUUCCAUGCCUGUCAGUGGAUAAAUGCUGCCUUUCAGUAAUUGACUGCAAUCUUGAGGAUCACAGCCCCACUGGGGUAACAAACUGUGCCUUAGUUUUCUUCUUAUGAUUCCUCUGAAGAAAGUCCUCCAGAACCAUGUGCUGCUGCUGGCUUUGAUGUAAAAGGGUAAAUGCAUCUCUCAUGACCUCUGCUUUUGCAAUUUGCACUCUAAGCUCCGCUCACUAAAUCACGUACAUAUGCUGCAUUAACAAGGUGCUGAAGUGAAUUACGGUCCAAGUUCUGUAGCUUGCUAUCAUCAUAGCCUUUCUGAUUGCCAUGCAUUGAUUACUCACUUCUGCCAUAAGAGUCUUUGCCACAGCUCCCAGAGAUGAGAGAUGUUGGUGCACAAUAAACUGGUGGUUUGUAUCUAUGUUCAAAGUUGUAUUUUAUCUUCAGUGGGAGUAGGAAGCAUGGGUACUAACUGCCACUUGAAAACAUCUUUAGGUAAAAAAGGUAAAGGUACCCCUGACCGUUAGGUCCAGUUGUGGAUGACUCUGGGGUUGCGGCGCUCAUCUUGCUUUAUUGGCCGAGGAAGCCGGCGCACAGCUUCCAGGUCAUGUGGCCAGCAUGACUAAGCCGCUUCUGGUGAACCAGAGCAGCACCCGGAAACGCCAUUUACCUUCUCACUGGAGUGGUACCUGUUUAUCUUCUUGCACUUUGACGUGCUUUUGAACUGCUAGGUUGGCAUCUUUAGCCUGUACUAUACAGUGGUGCCUCGCAAGACGAAAUUAAUUCGUUCCGCGAGUUUUGUCGUCUUGCGAUUUUUUUCUUCUUGCGAAGCACGGUGCCGGGAAAGUUUUGGAAAAGCUUCAAAAAUCACCAAAGUCUUUAAAAACCUCAAAAAAGGCUACCACACCGUGUUCUAUGAGUUGCUCCUCGAAGUCAAGUCGCAACUGUAUUAACGGUGUUAAGAAAAAGGAAACAAACUUGCAAGACGUUUCCGUCUUGCGAAGCAAGCCCAUAGGGAAAGUCGUCUUGCGAAGCAGCUCAAAAAACAAAAAACCCUUUCGUCCAGUGAGUUUUUUGUCUUGCGAGGCAUUCGUCUUGCGAGGUACCACUGUACUUUAAAAGUUCAGAGAUUCAGAAAGGGAAAUGCCUUCAUCUUGUACACAUGGAGAAAACAAUGGCAAAGCUUCAUUUUGUUCGCAUGUGUUACAAGAUAGUUUAUUUUUCUGAACUAGCACUGCUUGUCUUAGACAGCUUGAUUUGCAAGCCUUCAUAUUGACUUAAUUCUAGUGAUUAGAGAAGUUGUCCAGAAACAUUUCCCCCGCCACAAAGGAGCUGAAGAGGAGAGAUGGCAGAUGUAGAACUGAAAUAUGGAUACUUCAUUAUCACUGCAAUUACCAGAACCCAAGGGGAAGAAGAAAAAUCAUUAGAGCUAUAAGGGGAAAGUGCAUGUUAGCUGCAGUUCCUUGCUUUUAAUGAAUUGCAUUUUAUAUAUCUAUUUUGCCAAAUAAAAAAGAAAAUUAGCAAAAUGUUAUCCUGCCAGAGUGUAAUACUUUGAAGGGGUAGUUUCAAAGCCAAGUUACUGCACAAAUUUAAAUAUUUAGUAUCUAAACAUUGGUUCUUGGGAGUCUUCACUUUCCUCUAGGCGGAAGUGUAGUAGCAAAAAAAGGAAUGGAAUAUCCUUGUCUUCCCUGAUAACAGUGCAUCUUCUUUUCAUAAUUGACUGUUGUGACAAUUAGGAAGUUUCCAUCACCUUUUGCAAACACUGUUGAACAGCUGAUAUCUAUCAGUUUACAAACAGUUUAUGAACUGUCUUGUUAUCAAGGAAAUACUCAUUUAUUUGACCAUCCACGUCACUUUUGAAGUUCACCUGCACGCCAAUGAUGCCUUUUGAUCAACUCAGAUGUGUACUACCCUUCACUGAUAGACCAGAUUUAUAACCAUAAAAGACAGUUAGUAGGUUACUGUAUUUCUGGAAAACAUAAUUAACAGAUUGCCUUGGUGUAGGGUGGCUGCAUUUAAUUUAAUCUUUGCCGAGAACAAAUAUCAGCAACCUAUUAAGGAACCCUUUAGUGACUCUUCUGUUAUUUCCCUGCCUACUAUGGCCCACAGUGUUUCAGGAAGGACUGGCUUGUUUGUCUUUCUUAAGCAGUCCAGAGAAGCUCCAAAAAG